GGUGUUUGCACCAGACCAGGAUCUUAGGACCCUGCCUCUCAAGUCAGCAGGUCAGGCACGGGGUGGCAGGAUGUUUUCCCGUCGGUCUCAGAGUGGGCAGUCGGCCCCUGGGCCCUGAUCUGCCCCUGCCCACGAGGGGCUUCCCACCUGCGGGGGACAGGCCAAUGCCUUUGGGUCCUGGCUGUUCUUAAGGUCUCCUGGGACUCUCCUCAGGGUGUUCCUAGAUGCCCUUGGUCUCUCCUAGGACCGCAUGGCCCCACGUAGGGCCACACACGACCACUGAGACUCAAAUCAGUCCAAGGAAACAGCCUGUCUGGUGUCCAUGUCUCAUGUGACCAUGGCUCUAAGACCCCCCCCUUUGCAGGCUCCCACCGUUAGCCAGUUGAGGAAAGCCCUGGACCAGGGGUCAGGCGCCUGGGUAGGGGGUGGCGGGCCUAAAUGCAGAGUUCUGCCCUGAAUCAGCUUCCUCCUCCCACCAACCACUGGUCACCAGAGCAAGCCCAGGCGGCCCCGCCCACCAGGUACCUUUGUGCUGAGAAUGCCUCUCUCCAGCAGAAAGCAUUUAGAUUUGACCCCAAGACCUGCGGUAGGGUUGUGCCUGUGGGAAGGAGCAGGGGAAGAGGCUCCCCUGGGAGGGGAGCAGAACCCCACGGUGACUGGGCUGGAUGCAGAGCCCCCGCAGCCCUGCACGGACAGUGACUCCCAGGGGGCAGCCUGCUCUGGGGAAGGGGCCGGCCAGCCCUGCCCCCUCCUGCAGGGCAGCUUUGAUCCCAGGGCCCUUCCAUCCCUGAAUCCAGGGCCUGGAGGGAGGAGGGGCUCCAGUUACAGCAGUCCCUCCUCCCCUCUCUGUCCAGAGCCGCCCUUCUCCGCCCCUUGGUGACCCUCGUGGCCAGUGUCUCUGUGCUGCUGGGCGCCAGCCCCUCCCCAGCCUUCCUUGUCUCCCCGCCCCCUGCCCUGAGCUGACCAGAGGGGCCAGGCGGGGGAGGGGCCGGUGCCACAUGCACAGACUCCACUCUACCCGGUCCGAGGCCAGUGUCCGCUGUGGGCUCCAGCCUUGGGGCACAGGGGAGCCCAGGGCAGACAGCAGGGGCGCGGAUCACAGGUCUGGGAGGGUGGAUGCCUGCAGGGUGUGGGGCUCGGCAGGGUCUGAGGAGGGGUUAGUGGCCACACCCCCCACCCUGUGGUCCCGCGGUCCUCAUGCCGGCCCUGAGGCCACUCCUGCCGCUGUUGCUCCUGGCUGGGCUGACUGCAGGGGCCAGCCUGCCGCCAGGCCCUGGAGGCCACCCGGGGGUGUGCCCCAACCAGCUCAGCCCCAACCUGUGGGUGGACGCGCAAAGCACCUGUGAGCGAGAGUGCGGCGGAGAUCAGGACUGUGCAGCCACCGAGAAGUGCUGUACCAACGUGUGUGGGCUGCAAAGCUGUGUGGCCGCCCGCUUCCCUGACGGCGGCCCGGAUGCACCCAGGCUGGUGGCCUCGUGCGAGGGCUUCGUGUGUGCACAGCAGGGCUCCGACUGCGACAUCUGGGAUGGGCAGCCAGUGUGCCGCUGCCGGGACCGCUGCGAGAAGGAGCCCAGCUUCACCUGCGCCUCGGAUGGCCUUACCUACUACAACCGCUGCUACAUGGAUGCUGAGGCCUGCCUGCGCGGCCUGCACCUGCGCGUCGUGCCCUGCAAGCAUGUCCUCAGCUGGCCACCCAGCAGCCCCAGGCCCCCCGAGACCACCGCCCGCCCCACGCCCGGGGAUGCCCCAGUGCCACCCGCCCUCUACAGCAGCCCCUCCCCGCAGGCAGUAUAUGUGGGGGGUACAGCUAGCCUCCACUGCGACGUCAGCGGCCGCCCGCCCCCUGCCGUGACCUGGGAGAAGCAGAGUGACCAGCCGGAGAACCUGAUCAUGCGGCCAGACCAGAUGUACGGCAACGUGGUGGUCACCAGCAUCGGGCAGCUGGUGCUUUACAACGCCCGGCCCGAGGACGCUGGCCUCUACACAUGCACGGCGCGCAAUGCUGCUGGCCUGCUUCGGGCCGACUUCCCGCUCUCUGUGGUCCAGCGGGAUUCGGCCAGGGCUGGGGCCCAUGAGGCCGCCACCGCCCCGGCCCAGUGCCUGCCCAGCUCGCAGGCCUGUGUUGGCCCCCCAUCUGGCCGGGUCCUCUGGCACUUUGACCCACAGCGGCGCAGCUGCAUGACCUUCCCUGUGGGCAGCUGUGCUGGGAGCGCCCAGGGCUUCGAGACCUAUGAGGCAUGCCAGCAGGCGUGCGCCCGUGACCCCGGGGACGCCUGUGCGCUGCCGGCCGUGCAGGGCCCCUGCCAGGGCUGGGAGCCGCGCUGGGCCUACAGCCCGCUGCUGCAGCACUGCCACCCCUUCGAGUACAGCGGCUGCGAGGGCAACGGCAACAACUUCGAGAGCCGUGAGAGCUGUGAGCACGCCUGCCCAGUGCCGCGCACACCGCCCUGCCAGGCCUGCCGGCUCCGCAGCAAGCUGGCGCUCAGCCUGUGCCGCAGCGACUUUGCCAUCGUGGGGCGGCUCACUGAGCUGCUGGAGGAGCCCGAGGCGGGCGGCGGCGGCAUUGCGCGCGUGGCGCUGGACGAAGUGCUCAAGGACGACAAGAUGGGCCUCAGGCUCCUGGGCACCAAGUACCUGGAGGUGACGCUGAUCGGUGUGGACCGAGCCUGCCCCUGCCCCAAUGUGACGGCCGGCGACAGCCCGCUGGUCAUCAUGGGCGAGGUGCGCGAUGGUGUGGCCAUGCUGGAUGCGGGCAGCUACGUGCGCGCCGCCAGCGAGAAGCGCGUCAAGAAGAUCUCUGAGCUGCUAGAGAGGAAAGCCUGUGAACUGCUCAACCGCUUCCAGGACUAGCCUGCCCACCAAUCCACAGCCCCAGCUCCCCGCCAUGCCCCACCCUCCCCACACUCCCACCCCUCUGCCUGAAUAAAAGUUCUGGACCUCA